CGCUAGGGCCGCUCCGCUCUCUUUUGUCUGAGGGGGGGUGGGAAAGUGAGAGAAGUCCGUGUACGGGCGAGCCGGACGAACCGAGCUCCUGUGGCGGUGAACUCACCUUUCUCCAUGAAGUCAGAAGCCUGUUUGUCGUCCACGGAGGUGUAACCUGCUAACAUCGAUGUUAGCACCUAGCCUGUUCGUGUAAAUGCUUUUCACUAGAAUGGACCUGUUGAACUCUCAGUUCCUGGACAAGAUGAACAAUAACAUUGGGAGACUGCACUACGAAGACGAGUCCAGGAUGCCCUCCCUGUCCACCGCCAUGUCCAACACAGCGGGGCUUCCUCCACACUGCCCCAGCAAACGGAAGUACGGAGAGGAACACAUGGAGGAGCGGAUCAGCUGUGACGACGACCACAUGACCAAAAUGAGCAGAUUGUUUGCAACUCAAUUGGCCCGUCCCUCUGCUGGAGACAACCGUAACGAGCACUGGAGCCGGGGCCACGGCACCGUGGAGCGCAUUACUUCCACCAACGGUCUCCAUGGGAACCACCUGUACGCUUCCAUUUCUGGCUAUGCUGUGGAGCAGCCGCUGGCCCUGACCAAAAGCAGCCAUGACGUCGGAGUCGGAGGAGUCGAGCGCUCCGUCAUCAGCGGGACUGCAGGGCGGCAGCAGAAUCGGCCCUCUGUUAUUACCUGUGCUCCCACCAGCAACCGUAAUUGUAACCUCUCACACUGCCACAUGAACGGCUGCUCUCCCAGCCCGCCCGCCGACCAGCGGAGGACCAACGCCAACACGGUGUGCGACCCUGUGAUCGAGGAGCACUUCCGCCGCAGCCUCGGCGAGAACUACAAAGAAGCGGAGCCGGCGUCGAACUCGGUGUCCAUCACCGGCUCGGUGGACGACCACUUCGCCAAGGCGCUGGGCGACGCCUGGCUCCAGAUCAAGGCCCGGGGCGGAGGCCCCCCAACCCCAGAGGCUGAUUCAUGAAUCGGAGGGGUCGAUAUUACAAUCACUUCCUACGUGUGUAUGCAUGCAUGCAUGCGUAUGCGUGUGUGUGUGUGUGUGCGCGCGGGUAUGAGAGUGGAGAUUAGCCACUGUCAUUUCUUGCCAAGAAUCAACUUCCUUUUAGCCAAGAACAGUGUAAGACAUAUGGUGCUGGCGUUGGCCGCUCACUGGUGGACCUCCAGGUCGACCCUCUUCUUAGAACACGCAGCUCAGAUUUGACAUCUGAUAAAUGUUUAUUUGUGGAAAACACACAGUACAAUCGUAGGUUUUAUUUUUGGAAAUGACGCUGAGAUUCACAAAGUGACGGGCUCGUCCGGGAGCUUCUGCUUCCCUUUAAGCCUCCUUUCACCCGAUAGCCAAAGAAGUCUCCUGCCUUUUUCCCCACCAACAUGUAAGCCAUAGGUCUAGUCUUUACUCUCAUCCUAAAAAAAAAAAUCACACUGCUUUUGAAUCUCUAUUACUUGAAAAA